UUUAUGCCCUUGAGUAACUUCCUCACAUGCAAUCUACUGUACAUGAUUUAAAUAAAACUGAAGUGGAACACAUGAAUUCACCCAAUUUUCAAUCAUGCCAAGUGUUCAGUCUGAAACUUAAGGUGAACCACAAGGAUGGAAAGCUGCCUUGAAUAAACAAGAAAAUAGGAAAUUUAGCUACUUAAAAUAUGGGUAUGUAUAAACCAGCAACUGUUCGUUCAUAUCUUCGUCUCUGCUUGAGAAUCGUUCUGUAUUGUGGUUUGUCUGGCGGUGUCACUGCUCUCAUUACUAAGCGCUGCUUUACUUUUGAUGAGCAUCUCCACAGUGACAUUCAUACUGUUUGCUAUCCUCUGCCAGGGCUUGGUCCCUAUGGCCAAUGCAAUGUCUCGGACUUUCGAAAGGAUCUCUCGGAGCUUGAGACAGGAGUCCGAUCUCUUUGUGUUUACAGCAAUGCGACCGUCAUUCCAGCCAAUGCCUUCUCACACCUUUCAAAUUUGGAAUUUCUGAAAAUUUGUGGAGAUAAUUUCAGAAGGGUUCAAUCUGGUUCCUUUUCUGGACUUUUCAACCUUAAAUAUCUGCAUGUUUAUUUUAGUUCCUCUGAUUGUAGCAAUGUUGUUUUGGACACUCCUGUUUUUGUUGGUUUGGAUCAUCUAGAGGAAAUAUUCUUAAUGGGUUUGCAGUUUUCUGAUAUUCCCAAUAGCACAUUUGAGCAUCUGGUCAGUUUAGUUAAGUUGUCUCUGGACACCGUUUGUGUGGAGGAACUUAGUGAGGUUUUAUGCAAUGUCCCAAAUGAAAUGACCGGCUUGAAAUACCUAGAGGUGAUUAACAGUGACCUCACUUCCAUCAGAAACCGAGGCUGUCCGUCAUGGCCUUCAGCUGUGCUUGCAGGAAUACAAGUUUUAAAUCUCGGCAAAAACUCUAUUGAAAAAAUAGAAGCCCACUCAAUGGCAGUGUUUCAGAACCUUUCAAGUUUCUCUCUUGGAUAUUAUGGUGUAUGGCUGGGUGAAAUUUGGGAGUCUGGAGUUGGAAAAGUGAGCAACCUUGCGUUGUCUGGACCUGUAAUUAAAAAAUAUCCUACCAGCUGCAAAGAAGUGUGCCAACUAGUUUCUAACCUCAAUCCCUACUCUCUUGAGCUAUCAUAUUUUUACUUAGAUUCCUUGUCAAUGGAAGAUUUAAAAGAUUGUGGAAAAGAACUUCGAGUGCUUAGUAUAUAUAAUACAAAAGUGCAGCAGCUGGACCCAGGAUUCUGGAGAAGCAUGGCAGGAGUACAAACCGUGGAUUUGGUCCACAUGGAAUUGACUGAAGCCUCAUUCUGUGUUGCUGCCAAUGGGACUGUUUGGAAUGUAACUACCCUGAAUUUAAGGAGAAACCAGCUAACAGUAGUCAAAACACACCAGUUUGUUUGUACCCCUCUACUCGAGCAGCUGCUUCUUAAUGAAAAUGUGAUUACAACACUAGAACCAGAAGCGUUCAGUGGUCUGAGUCAUCUUAAGAUUCUCAAACUGGACUCGAACAGGAUCAAAAUACUUUCUUCUAAUGACUUUCUGUCUCUCCGUUCUCUAGAAGUCCUGCUUCUGGAUGGAAAUGUGCUUGAGAAAAUUGAGAACGGGAUAUUUAGAAACCAGAAGGAGCUGCGUGAACUUGCGUUCGGAAGGUUGGAGUACGUCUAUGUGUUAAAUCUGAAUCUGUUGUUUUUUGGUAUUCCAGAGAACAUACAGCGUCUCAGUAUCGAUGCAUAUGUCGGGACUAAAAUUUCUUUUGGAAAUAGUGGAAGACCCAAAGAAAGCUUCAUAUUUGAAUUAAAUGGAGAGCAGCUCACUCUUGGGGACAACUAUCCCCCCUUUUUGGAAUCUGUCCGAGAGCUUAAGCUGAGUGGAAGCACAUUUUUUUUUAAGACUGACUUUUUUGUCCCUUAUUUUACACAUCUUGAAUCCUUAGAGCUUACUGGUUCUCCUGAGCAGUUAUACAUGAAUUACACAGCAAUCAGCAAUUUGCGUUACCUCAAGCGCCUUAAACUCAUCAACCUUAAUUUCUUAAACCUCCCUGAUCCUAGUAUGACCUUCUGGAAUCUGGAAAGGCUACAGAUCCUUGUACUCCAUAACUGCCGUCUAAAUUUCAUGACAAAGAUGAUGUUCAGAGAUCUGCACUCACUGGAGCUCUUGUAUCUCCACAGUGACAACCCUUUAAUCUUACAGGAUGGGAUGUUUGAUGCCAUGCCAGUUCUAAGAGCUGUAGUGAUUGACAAACUGGUCAUUCAAUGUGACUGUGAGACUGGCUGGUUCCUAGAAUGGGCGCAGAACACACGAACAGAGGUGAUCAAUCUGCCGCAGCAGCAAUGUGUCUGGCAUUACCAGAAACUGAAUUUAUUGUCCACCAUGGAAAAGUUAUGUCAGACAGAUAGGCAGUACUUGUGCUAUUUGGCCACUAUUACCAUCACCAGUCUUCUGCUUGUAAGCGCUAUUACCUAUCGCUUUGCUUACUGGCCUUGCAUGGUCCUCAUCUUCCGACUCCGAGGAUAUUUGGAGCGGAAUUUUGGUAAAGCUUGGAGGAGGAGAAAACAAAGGCACAGAGGAGGUGAACUAGAGGCUGAAGAGGACAUGAAAUAUGAUGCAUUUGUGUCGUUCAGUCACCGUGAUGAAGCUUGGGUCUUUGAGGAGUUGGCUCCAAGGCUGGAGGAACAAGGCCAACCCAGGCUGCAACUAUGCUUACACAACAGAGACUUUGAGGUGGGAAAGGGUAUUAUUGAUAACAUAGCUGAGAGUAUCUACAGCAGCCGGCGCACGGUGUGUGUGCUCAGUCGGCAGUAUCUGCGAAGCGAAUGGUGCGGCCUGGAGAUGCGAGUAGCGACACACAGACUGCUUGAAGAACAGAAACAUCGUCUCAUUCUCAUUUUUCUCGAGCAAAUCUCCCCAUUUGAGCUCAGCACUUUUCACCGCUUGGCCAAGCUGGUAAAAACACACACAUAUCUGGACUGGCCAAGGGACAACGCAGAGAGGACAUACUUCUGGGAACGUCUGAGAAGAAACAUUGCUGAGGAGGAGAUGGACGCUCAGUAAAAACAACAUAUAAAACCACAGAGGACUACGUAAAGACGAGAUUAAUCCCUUUAAGCGUCUUAGUUAAUCAUUCAUUUAAAAGCAUAUUAUUCAGGUUUCAUAAUUCAACCCACUGAAUGAUGGUUAAAUAUGGCUUAAAACUUGUGGAAACAUCAAAUACGCCGAUCCGUUGAUCUGCUAACAUUCAGUAUUCAUCACCACGCAUAUGCAGUAUAUUUGGUAACUACAAACAAAAAUGGGGAAUAAUAACGAAUUUAAAUAUUUUUAAGCAUUCUAAUGCUAGCAAACAAUUGAGCUAGAUUUAAUGAAACAAGUGAGUAAAUAAAUCUUCUGGUCUAAAACAGCAGAACCAGUUACAUUUAAAAAGAAAUCCUUUUGGGAAUUUAAAACACAGAAAAGCAACGCUAUUAUUUCAGCUGAAUUAAUUUUUCCAUUUGCACGAUUAUUUGACGCACCAGUCAAGGUUUGAUCUUAAAUUCAUAGGUUAGUUUUGUAUAUAUUUAAGCAAAUAUCCUGAGGACCGUUUAUGAAGAAUUAGCAGAAGAAUUAGGUUUUACUUAUUUCAGGUUUUUUUUCAUUGAUGGGUGGGUUAUUUUCUGUUGUACCUGUUAAAUUUAUAACACGUUUAUUCAUUUGCUGACCUGAGA